AUGACUUCGGGCUCACAACAGGCUUACGUCUCCUACGACGCAUAUGGCCAGGCAUGGAUAUAUCCCUACGAUUGCGGCAGCGAGGGCGCGCUCGAGCUCCUUCCAGACGCCGCAAAUUUCUCUAGCAGUUCGUCUUAUCAGGGCGAGCUGCACUCGCCCGACUCAUUGGCCCCGUCCCCUAUGGUCAUGACUCCUGACGGCGCUUGCUACCCUCCAAACAUCCAAUACGACGCAUGGCCGUCGAACAUGUGUGGCGAGACGUCGACAGCGCCUGCCUGCGGUUGCCCCGACUGUGUUGGCGUGUACAUACAAUCAGACUGCUUAUCGACCUGCGCCACAGAUUCCGUACCACCUGACGUCGCAUCGCUUUACGCAGCGCAGGCCUACUCAAGUGCCUCUGCAGCAUACGGGGACGACUGCGCGCUCUCGGGACCCUCCUUUGCGCAAAAUUCAUCAGCCUGCACCUCGGCGGGCAGCAUAGCGCCCGGGAUGCCGGAAUGGACCACAGCCUACUGCUAUAGUGACAGCGGGUCCUGUGGCGGCGUGGGAAUCCCGCCCGCCGACGCUACCUUCUCGCAUCAGCUCCCUACAUGGUCCGCUGGCCUCGGCGCUUCCGACCCAGCGGGGCCCGGCCUAGCACAAUAUCAGGCUACCGAGGAUCCGUUUCUGCUCUGCCCGGAGGGCGCAGCGGACUCGCCCUUCGACCCGUAUCGCGGCUUCGACUCGCCGGCAGACCUUCACGCACCAAGUGGAGAAAUAAGCGAAGAAGAAGAGAAGUACCGCCGGGCAAGCCAGGUCAUCCAUCCCCGCCCGAGAAGAACUAUACCCAUCAUCUCCCUGGACAAGCUUGCCGCUUCUAGUACGGAGUCAGGGACGCUGGAAUCCCCACACCUGGCCCGCAGGACCCACCUACCCGCCUCGCUACCACCGGAUGGCCCUACCGCGACAUCUGCCAUGCAUUUUUACCAAACCACGGACGCGUCGGACGUGUACCCUACCUCAUGCAUUCCCGGCAUGCCAUAUUCUCAUUACUGCUCAUAA